AAGCAGGGAAAUAAUACAUAUAGAAUAACAUGGCCAAAUCAGUCAAGAAGACACAGUCCAAGAAGGCUGCUCCAAAGAAGGAAACUGUUGAAAAGUCAGUAGAACAAAUCGAGGAAGAUUUACAAUUGCCAUCUUCUUCCGAUGAGGAAGAGCAAGCAGCCGAUGAGGAAGAAGAAGAAGAACCUUUAUCCAGUGAAGACGACGAUGAUGAUGAUGAUGAAGACUUGCAUGGUUUAUCUAGUGAUGAUGAAGAUGAAGAAGAACAGGAGGAACAGGAGGAACAAAAAGAACAACAGCAACCAGAAGAAAAGAGCAAAUCUCGUCAUACUGUAAAUAAAUCCGUUGAAUCAUCUAGUGCUGCCAAAUCCAACAAGAAGAAGAAAUCCAAGCGUGGUAUCAUGUACAUUGGUAGAUUACCUUCUGGAUUCCAAGAGCAAGAAUUAACCAAGUACUUUACUCAAUUUGGUGAUAUCAUCAAUCUUAAGUUACUGAGAAAUAAAAAGACCGGGAAAUCAAAGCAUUAUGGGUUCAUAGAAUUUGAAUCUUAUGAAGUGGCCAAGGUUGCUGCUGAAACCAUGAAUAACUAUUUAUUAUUUGGACAUUUAUUGAAAUGUCAAGUGUUGGAAAAUAAUGACGAAAUCCAUCAAGAUUUAUUUAAAGAUGCCAACAAGAAAUUCAAAGUCAUUCCAUGGGGUAAGAUUUCCAAACAUAAGCAUGAUAAGCCAAAGACUAAGGAACAAUGGGAAGUCUUGGUUAAGAAGUUUGAACAAUCAAAGAAGAAUAAGCAAAAUGAGUUGAAAUCAAAGGGUAUCGAUUUCGAUUUAAAUAAUAUAUAAACAGGAUGUAACUUCCUAUCUAAGAUAACCAGUUCGCAUAAUUUGCGACCUGAUACCUAAACCAGUAAUUAAUUCCAGAGGGAGAUCGUUUUGUCGCAAGCUAAAUUUUGUUGAGAUCCACGUGACAAGAUACAGCAAAAAAGAAAUUAACUAGAAUUUUUCACACUUUAUAAACAACUUAGUAGACUACCCUUUAGCAAACAGCUAAUUACGAUAU